AGUUGGAGGAGGCAGAAAGGCAACAACCGCGAGGAAGGAGAAGUCAAGACGUCUGGAAAGAAUUACCCAGUCCUGGCUUCCAGCAGCCCAUUGAACCAGGGACUUGAACCAGCCCCAGCCAAAGACUUUCUCCCGAUUCUGCGCUUCCUGGGUUCUGCUGAGUUUUCACCAGGCCUUUUUUUUUUUUUUUUUUUUUUUUUUCAAUACAAAAAAAGAGACUUUCCGAUAUUAGGGGAGGAGAACUAGAGCAUAAAAUAAAAUAAAGUUAAUUUAUUUUCAAAUCACAGAUAGCAUUUUCUUUUGAGUUAGAAGAUUGAAGUGCAACGGAAAUAUUUUAAAAAAUACCAGUGAUUUUUUUAAAUUGGGGGAGACCUAAACAUUUAAAAGACUCCCCCAUCCUUUUUAAAUGUUGUUUUUAAAUUUUUUAUUUUUUUUGGCCGGUCGUCUCAAAUUCAUCUGAUCUCCUAUUACCUCAGUUUUGGAAACUGCCCGCCACCGACCCUCCGGGACCACACAGACAGGCCAAGGACAACUUUAUGACCAAGAGCUGAACAAGAUGCAUUGUGAGAGGUUUCUAUGUAUCCUGAGGAUAAUUGGAACCACACUUUUUGGAGUUUCUCUCCUCCUCGGAAUCACAGCUGCUUAUAUCGUUGGCUACCAAUUUAUCCAAACAGAUAAUUACUAUUUCUCUUUUGGACUAUAUGGUGCCUUUUUAGCAUCACACCUCAUCAUCCAAAGCCUGUUUGCCUUUUUGGAGCACCGAAAAAUGAAAAAAUCUCUAGAAACCCCCAUUAAGUUGAACAAAACUGUUGCUCUUUGUAUUGCUGCGUAUCAAGAAGAUCCAGACUACUUACGGAAAUGUUUGCAAUCUGUGAAAAGGCUAACCUACCCUGGAAUUAAAGUUGUCAUGGUCAUAGAUGGAAACUCAGAAGAUGACCUUUACAUGAUGGACAUCUUCAGUGAAGUCAUGGGCAGGGACAAAUCAGCCACUUAUAUCUGGAAGAACAACUACCACGUGAAGGGUCCUGGUGAGACGGAUGAGUCACAUAAAGAAAGCUCACAACAUGUCACCCAGUUGGUCUUGUCCAACAAGAGUAUUUGCAUCAUGCAAAAAUGGGGUGGAAAAAGAGAAGUCAUGUACACGGCUUUCAGAGCACUGGGACGAAGUGUGGAUUAUGUACAGGUUUGUGACUCAGACACCAUGCUUGACCCUGCCUCAUCUGUGGAGAUGGUAAAAGUUUUAGAAGAAGAUCCCAUGGUUGGAGGUGUCGGGGGAGAUGUCCAGAUUUUAAACAAGUAUGAUUCCUGGAUCUCCUUUCUCAGCAGUGUGAGAUAUUGGAUGGCUUUUAACAUAGAAAGGGCCUGUCAGUCUUACUUUGGGUGUGUCCAGUGCAUUAGUGGACCUCUGGGAAUGUACAGAAACUCCUUACUGCAUGAAUUUGUGGAAGACUGGUACAAUCAAGAAUUUAUGGGCAACCAAUGUAGUUUUGGAGAUGAUAGGCACCUAACGAACCGAGUGCUGAGUCUGGGCUAUGCAACAAAAUACACAGCUCGAUCCAAGUGCCUUACUGAAACACCUAUAGAAUAUCUCAGAUGGUUAAACCAGCAGACGCGAUGGAGCAAGUCCUACUUCCGAGAGUGGCUGUACAAUGCGAUGUGGUUUCAUAAACAUCACUUGUGGAUGACCUAUGAAGCAGUCAUCACUGGGUUCUUCCCUUUCUUUCUCAUUGCCACAGUAAUCCAGCUGUUCUACAGGGGUAAAAUUUGGAACAUCCUCCUCUUCUUGUUAACUGUCCAGUUAGUGGGUCUCAUAAAAUCAUCUUUUGCCAGCUGCCUUAGAGGAAAUAUCGUCAUGGUCUUCAUGUCUCUCUACUCAGUGUUAUACAUGUCAAGUUUACUUCCCGCCAAGAUGUUUGCAAUUGCAACGAUAAACAAAGCUGGGUGGGGCACAUCUGGAAGGAAAACCAUUGUUGUUAAUUUCAUAGGACUCAUUCCAGUAUCAGUUUGGUUUACAAUCCUCCUGGGUGGUGUGAUUUUCACCAUUUAUAAGGAAUCUAAAAAGCCAUUCUCAGAAUCCAAACAGACAGUUUUAAUAGUUGGAACGUUGCUCUAUGCAUGCUAUUGGGUCAUGCUUUUGACACUGUAUGUGGUUCUCAUCAAUAAAUGUGGCAGGCGGAAGAAGGGACAACAGUAUGACAUGGUGCUUGAUGUAUGAUCUUACGUUGGAUGUUUGCAGUUACAGAUGCAGACACACACAAAACCUUAGUUCCUCUAGGGACUGUAUGGUAUUGUGGCAUCAUAUAAUGCCACCAAAGGAGACAUAUCACUGCUGCUGGGACUUGAACAAAGACAUUUGUAUGGGUUUAUUUUAAUUCUGCCAAAGUAAAAUGAUACAUGAAGAAGAAGAACUCAAAUUUAACCUGAUAUUUCUAUGAAAAUGGGAAGAAUUCUUUGUUUAUGCACUUUUUCCUUACUGUACAUCCGCCUAACAGUGUUUUGCCCUAUAUACCUCACUAGUCAUGCUUCAUGUGGGUUAUCAUGGAAGAAAAGGAUUUUGGAAACUCAAGGAAAAGGUCUUUCAACAUAUACAACCUAACUUAUGGACUGUGUUGAUAGCUAAUUUUUUUUUUUUAGAAAGGUUUUUCUGUUUAACUCUACCAAAUGAAAUGCCAAAGGAAAUUUUACAGGCCAUUGGCUGUGCUGUAUUUUUAUAUAAUUGUACUGUGUUUUAAAAUUUUGUAUGCCAAUUUUAAAACAAAUUUUGCAUAUUUUAUAUUUUACUUCUCUGCCAAAAUACACCUGUUCUUCAUUUUUUUUUUAAUAAAAUAGGUUCUGAAAAAAUUCAUACUUAAAAAAUUUCUACCCAAAAUGUGAAGCUUGGUUGACUGAUGCUGUUCAUGAUAGAAAGAAUAAAAUGUUUCUCUCUCUCUCUCCCUUUAAAAUUGAAUAGUUUAUUUCUGUGAAAAAGUAUUUAAACUCUCAAUAUUUUAACUUUUUUUCAUUUCUUUUAGAAAAGGCCAAUAUACCUGUCACACUUCGGGAGUAGAAAUUCAUACUUGUGUGUACAAAAGAGAAGUCUUUGGAAAUCAAGGCCAAAGGGGUAGAAAAGUGCAAUUUUUUCAUAAAAUUGGGGAAAAAAGGGAAUGCUAGUUCUCAAAAGAAAAUAUUAGGCAUCCAGCAGUGGACAAAAUCUGGGUAUCAAAGACUGUCUUUGGAGAGUCUCACAGUGUUUUCCCAGGCUAAGUAAAAAGGAAAGUGGGAAAAAUUAUCUGUAUGAUUUGGACAAAUACAAUGCAGUUAUCAUUUUGUUCUGUGACCUGUAUUCACUGGAUCCUGUCUAUAUGUUGAACAUACUUUAUCUUCCUUCUUUUUUCCAGCUUGUCAGUUCACUUUACACGUGAGUAAGUGGUUUAUACGGGUGAGUAGGAUAAAUUAUAAUAAGGAUAAAGCAUAUAGAUCCAAAAUUGGCAGAAUCAACCUCCACGUGUCCUCUUUAACUUUCUAGGGAAGAUUUUUUUCUGAAUUAUACAGAUAAUUGCUUCAUCUCUUCUCUUCUUGGCCUACAUAAAUGUGUUUACAUAGUAAACAUGAUAUCAAGGUUUAAUAGCUAUAUCAAGAAUUCGCACAUGAAAAAAUUGAUGGACCAGGUACCCUCAGCCUGGUUAAUUUAGCUACUACAGGGCCUCAGUUAUCUACUUUGACUUUUGACAUGACCCGUCUUGCCUUGUAGCUGGUGCUGUGUAGACCUGUGUUAAAAACACAAUUGAACACAUGAAGAGUUGCAUAAAAAGUAUUGUGAUGAAGCAGAAAUGUGGAGAAAUGUUCAACCAUGUGCUUCCUGCCUUUCUGCUUCCUUUUUAUGCAGACAUCUAUAUUCCAUCCAUCCUGCCUAAGAAAAAACUGCACAUUCUACCUUCAGAGUACAAACAGGUACAUAGUGUUCUACAACUUAGACUCUCACUGAUUGGAGAGCUUGUGGGAAAAAAAACAGACCAUGCCAUUAAAUGAGACUAAAACUUGAGUUUGCCUUUUUAACUAUUUAUGUUCUAAGUUAAGCUUUGAUAACAUUCAAAUGUCAAAUUCUCUCAUUCUUAUAGAAGAUUGAAUUAAUUGCCUGUAUUUAUUUUAGCAAUUAUUCAAUGUAUUUCCAGUAUAGGAUGUAUGGUAUAAUUGAAUUCUUUUUUGUAAAUAAAAUAUUUUUGAUAAGAUUAUUGCCUUUUUUUCUAAGGGAAGGGGGAAUUCAAACAAAGCAAAACAAAAUAUUUUAUUUUGAUUGUGAGGGUAUGGAUUUAAGAAUGGGGUAUAUAGAAAAAUAAACAUAGUUGGUCAAAGAUAAUAGAAGUCGUUUCAUGUUACUAAUCAGAAGGUAGAAACCUCCAAAGUUGGUAUGGUUGAAAAUCUGGAAAAAUGAGAGAGACAGAGAGAAAGAGACAGUCCCAACUAACACAACUCUUGUCUUUCUUUAAUCUUCUCUUUCUUCUCCUUCCCUGAAAACAGCCCAGAUUUAGACAAAAGUUGCUUCACUAUAGUAAUCUGUCAUAGUGGCAAAAAAACAAGGAUUUUUCAGAGAAGUCAUAGGUAAGUUUGUUAUAGCAUCAUUUAUGAAUAAUAACAAAAUCUUAAAAUGAGAUUUAAUAAUGAGGGCAAUAAUUAAAUGAAUUACGGCAUUUCCAAACAAUGGAAUAUCAUUACCCAUUAAACAUAAUGUUCUCAGAAAAUAUGAGGAUGUUGGAGAAAUGUUACAUUAAAAAUAAAUAACCAUUUUGUAUAGUAACAUCCCAAUUUGUAAAAACAAAAAUGUUUAAACGUGGUUAUCUCUACUCUUGGGAGUAUGACCGAUUUAUAAUCUGUAUACAUGUUUGUAUUUUUCAAGUACCGUAAUCAUGUAUUGCUUUUAUAAUCAGAAAAGGACAAUAAAUAUUGCUUUCUU